AUGGGCUCAAUCCUAUCUAGGGUACGUUUAGCAGCUCGAGUUCUACAAGACUUGUCCGCAAAGUACGACGAAGUCGCCAUGAAAGUUGCAGAGUCACCAGGAUUGCCGGUUAUAAACACGUCCACGCCAUACUGGGCUAUCCCUCCUGCUCCUAUUGCAUGCCACGGCGCCAAAGAUCCGAUUCCUCCUUUGCAGCCUGGAAAGGCUACCGAACGUUCGGAGGCAUAUGUGGGAUGCAGCGAUGCAGAUGUGGUGAUCAUUGGGAGCGGUGUAACGGGCGCGGCUGUGGCUCGUACUCUCCUUGAUUGGGAUGCACAGCGGGUGCGGGAACACGGGGGCCCGCCGAUUCGAGUGAUCAUGCUUGAGGCACGGGACGCAUGCUCUGGUGCUACCGCAAGAAACGGCGGGCACAUCACGCCGCCACUUUACCACGAUUAUUCCUCUUUGAAGAAGGAAUUCGGCGCCGCCAUUGCCCAGCGUAUCAUUCGGUUUCGCCUAGCCCACCUCCAGGAGUUCCUCCGUGUCGCAGAAGAGGAAGGCCUCCUCAUCGAUUCACAAGCAAGAAGAGUACAGACCUUUGAUGUCUUCUUCGAUCGAGAGACGUUUUUGCAGGCAAAGGCCAAGUUAGAAGAAUACUCAAGAGACAUGCCGAACGAGGGGAAAGUAUACAGUGCGUUGGACCCCGUAGACGGCGUGGAUCUAGUUGAGGAAUACCAAUUGUCCCCAGGGGCUGCUGGCUGCAUUACAACCACCGCGGGUGCCAUACAUCCUUACCGUCUAAUUACGGGAAUCUUGUCGAGACUCCUUAACGAAUAUUCUGACCAGUUUUACCUCUACACCCAUACCCCUUGCAUAAGUAUUGCGUCUCCCAAAGGCGGAUCGUUAUACACCAUCUCUACCCCCAAAGGAACACUCCACGCACCUCACGUCGUGCACGCUACCAAUGGCUGGGUAUCACACCUUCUGGAACCCCUGCGCGGUAAAAUAAUACCAUUGAGAGCGACCAUGACAGCACAACGCCCGGGUCUUAGCCUAGGGGCUCCCCUAUCUGACCUAGUACGCUCUACGACAAUCGACCCCGAGAAGAGGAGUAGAAAUUGGCUGGGUGAUAGAUCGUUUGUCUUUUACCCAAGGCCUACUUUGAACGUUUGGGACUACUUGACACAGAUGCCUCCAUCCUCUGCCGGACUCAAAGCACAACAGGCUCGCCGGCCUACUAAAGACUUGAGCCCCAUGCGCAGUGACUCGUCGCAUUCAGACGCUGAUAGCGAUACGGCAUGCGGUUCUUCGGAUGGCGACAUGGUUCACGGACACGAACGCGACGAUACGUUGUCAUCAUCCGCAAAACCCCACUAUCCACCUCCCGCAGCCGAGCUAAUGUUUGGCGGCGGGUUAGGUCAGUCACAAGAUGCCUUCUAUGACUCAGCAGGCAACGCCGACGACCGCACAUUCCAUCUCCCUACGGCUUCCUACCUGUCAGGCGCGCUACCGCUGUAUUUCUCCGGAUGGGGCGAGGAAGGCCGUGACACCGACGCGCCGCAGAGUGAUGUUGAUCCCGGCCGUGUAAAGUCGGUAUGGACUGGGAUACUAGGGAUGUCUGCGGAUGGAAUGCCGUGGGUUGGACGCAUACCAGACAAGAUAUCGGGCCGUGUCGCUCCAUCGUCCGCCAUGUCGACGCAAAACUUGGCCUCGCCCGGAGAAUGGAUUGCAGCAGGAUACUCAGGCGAGGGCAUGGUUCACGCAUGGAUGAGCGCGAAGGCCGUCGCUUACAUGAUUCUGAAUGCGGACGACGAACGCGAAAGGAACAACCCGUUGGGGAGACCCGCAAACGAUGGAGAGGACUGGCUACCAAAGCCUUACCUUGUUUCCGAAAAACGGCUGAAAGAGUCGAACAUGGAUAAAUUCCUGGAGUCGUUCUUGGGUUAA